ACACUGUUCUGUUUUCGUUUAGGGCUCAGAAGGAAGUGAAUUCAACAUUUUAUGUGGUUAGUGGCUUUCAAAUCACAAAUAUAGAUAAUUAUAUAGAUUUUUAACAUUAUAGCAUCUUAAUACGUGACAUUAACGGUAUGCUUGUUUCGGAGCAGACUGUAUAGCUAACGUUAGAUGACUUCAGACAGUGUCCUCUCCGGCGGUGUUACAAACACUUAGAUUUUAGCUAACGCCACCAGGAUCCUGAACCAGGAUACUGCACGAAGCCCGAGCCAGAAGCGAAAGCACAGAUGCUGGUGAAAAAGAGAGGGCAUACGUGUUUGAUAGUUUCCAGUAUGGCUUCGUUAUUCCUGCUCAUGAUGGUGCUGUACGGCACCAUUGGCACACAGCAGCCAGGCAGCUCCAGCCUCAGACAUGACUACCAGCUGCUGGGCAGACCCCUGUACAAACUGGACCUGAGCUGGCCCAAGAACCCAGAGCUCUUCAUCGGAGAGGUGUUCGGAGUGGCCGUCGACCAGUAUGCUGGUGUUGUGUAUGUGGCACAGAGAGGUGACAAUGUGCCCAAGGUGCUGGUGUUCACCACAGAUGGAGAUUUCCUCAUGCCCUGGAACACAACCACCUUGGAGAUGCCUCAUGGGAUAUUUUUAGCAGACUCAGCCUCAUCAAACCCCACUGUGUGGAUCACAGACGUGGGGAACGGCCCGUAUGGACACUGCAUCAAACAGUACUCGCCAUCUGGGAAGCUGCUUCAGGUGCUUGGUACACCAGGGAAGGCAGGCUCUGGGUUGAACCCUCUGCAGUUUGACCAGCCAGCUGAGCUCUUCGUCCACACCUCUGGGGAAAUGUACAUUGUGGACGGUGAUGGGGGAAUGAACAACCGCCUCAUCAAGCUGUCUAAAGAUCAGGAGGUGCUGUGGAUGCAUGGAGAGAAAGGACAAGGCCUGGCUCAGUUCUACAUCCCCCACAGCGUGACUGUGGACAAUGCCCAAAGGGUGUGGGUGGCUGACAGAGGCAACAAGAGGAUCCAGGUCUUUAACUCCAUCACUGGGGACUGGCUGGGGACGUGGGGGAGCUGCUUCACGGAGGACGCGCCCUACUCUGUCCGCCUGACCCCAGACAAGAAGUACUUUGUCGUCGUCCAGCUCAAUACCAAUCAGAUUUCGCUACUGGACGCACCACCUGUGGGUUUAAUCGGCCAGUGCCGAGUGGUCAGUGUGAUCCAGCUGGCUGAUGAAGUGAAGCCCCACCUGGUAGACCUGGACCUAAAGGCCGGGGCUCUGUAUGUGGCUGAGAUCGGAGCCCAGCAGGCUCAGAAAUUCACCCCCUUCAGUCUGGGUGGGAGUUUUCUGUAGAGCCAAACUAGGUUUUAACCGAAGAAUUUAAAUGGCAUAAUAAAUCAGAAAGCUGUGCCAAUCAUAAGCAUUUACCAGCUAAUUAAUUAGAAAUGCACUGAAAAUGUUCACAUGCAUCAUUAUCUAAUUUGUAAUCAUGUGAUCCAGAAAAAAAAAAAAAAAAAAAAUCACAAAACCAUCUGAACAUGGCUAACCAGGCUCUCAGGUGUCAGAGUACUGGGAAAAAUGAAGCUCUUUUUCCCACUGUGGAGCCGUAUCAGGGGAAAAUAACAGAAAUAUAAUGAUUAAAGCAAAUGAUCAAACCAGAUUCAGGCUGCUUUCACACAUGAACAAGACAUUAUCCAGAGGAGCUGGCUGAUGAAGUGACAUACGUGUGAAAGCAAAUGUCUGAAUCAGUCUCCUGUUGGUGUGCUGCAUAUGUGAAUGGGCAACUUCCAGACAACGUCCCGACCUGAUUCUCUGGACGUUGUCCAGAGUUCAUAUGUGAAAGCGGCUUCUGAAUCAGCGUGCACUCGUUAUUAAAGGAUCAAGAUCAGAAAAACGUGGACAAGUCACUUCAGACAGAGGCUCCUGUUUAUGGGCCUCCAUUUCCCAGUCAGUAAUCCAUCCACGGUGGCAAUUAAUUUUUUUUUUUAAAUCCAUUUUGUCCUCUGACUAAGCAAAUGCUGGUUUGACUUAGUGACUUAGGGACAUAUCACUGAACAACUAUUUAUUGAUAAAUUCAAAUUCCAGUCAUUAGUUUUAGGACAAUAAUAACAAAAUAAUAUACAUAAGUAAAGAAAACCAGGUUUCUUCACAAUUAUCUAUAAUUAAUAUUGCACAUCACAGCAUUGUAUGAUGAAAUUACAGAUUUAGUCAUUUUAUGCUACUCACAAAAUGUAUAUAUAUAUACACACAUGUAUAUAAAUGAAUAAGUAAGUCAAACUAAAUUUAAAAAAGUAAAUAAAAAAAAAAAAGCUGCUCCAAAAAUCUUAUCGCUUCUCAGACGGCAGCAGGAUGGUCUCACCCAUAUCGCCCAUGCUACCGAUGAUGUCCUGAUCGGUUUUAAUCAGCUGCUGCAGAGCCUUCCCGUCCUGGGCCACACCCCUUUUGUGAAGUUUCCUGUUCGUAUGCUUUCUGUCGUUCCUCCGUACAAGUUAACAAGAACUCAUGAAUUCAGCCUUCCUAAUUUUCUGUCGAACGUGAACAUAUGUGUGAUGAGUUUUUCAUUGUUUUCUGCUGUUUUUAUAACUUUUUUUUUUUUUAAUUCCAUUUUCUUUUCUUCACUGCAGACACUUUAAACCCUUUUGUGCUUUUUUGCCGUUUCAGCCUUUAAAGGGCCCCUGUGCAGUUUUCUUGUAAACAGAUUAAAAAAAAAAAUUGUAUCCUUGUCAAGAGGAUUUCCUUCCUCAGAAAACAUCAUAACCAAUCAGAUUGGUUAAGGCAUUUUAAAUUGAUCAGUGUGUGGACACGAUAAACAAAACAGGGAUAAUGCCACUAGGGGUCUGAAACUUCACAGGGGACCCUUAAGCCAGAUUGUGGCCCUUUUGCGUGAUUGCACAUGUAUACAUGUGCAAAAGACGAGAACUGAAUUGUUUUUGCACUGUUUAGUCUGAGUUGUCCGUAAAUACCAUUGAACCCGAGAGCAUCCCAUGAUGCAGUGAAUAAACACUGUGUACAAUUGAUUUUAUUCUUUCUGGGGAAAAAAAAAAAGAAAAGUUGCCAUGUUGUAUGUGUACAGUUUCCUCUCAGUAAUCUUGAUGUAUGAAAUGAUUUGUGCUUGGGUGUACAUUUCCUGUGUUUACACAAUCGCCUGUGUUCUGAGAUGAUCGUUACUGUGAUAAAUCGUACCGUGACAGUUGAACUGUUCUGUUGAAGUGAAACUCUGUUGUGAUUUAGCUGGAGAUUCAGGGAGGCAGUUUGUGGUCACUUGCUGCUGUUAGUUCAGCAGCUCUAACAGGGGCGGCAUGGAUUUUUUUUGAACAGCUGAGGGCAUUAGCCAGCCAGGGGUGGGCUAAUGAAAAGAUCCUGUUACAUUAUGGGGAUUGUAGGAGUUUGAGGACACUCUGGUCUCUGCUGCUUCAGUUGGAUGCUUUCUGAGUGCUACACUAAAUCACUGGAGUACACUUCUAAUGAAUAUAUGAUUGAUGUGUUAAAAACACAUUCAUUGAGGUUUCUAUCUGGGAAACAUUGUGUGAUUGUUCUUUUGUUAUAUUUUAAAUCACUUGAUUUAGUUUAGUUUAGUAGUAGUAGGCUAGAAGUGAUCCGGAUGUUCCACUUCCUCAUGUCUCCAGUCCUGGAAACAUUCUUAAUGAACGUCUUACUGAUGUUAACAGAGCAGACUGUUGUUCUCAUGAUGUAUAAAUUAUUGUCUUUGAUAAUAAACUAUGUGUUUUUGUGGUGUCAUAUU